UGGCUGAUGACUUAAAGAGGUCCAGCUGCUGCUGCUCAGGUGAACCAAAGUUGUUCAGCUCUCUCUGAUCUCUCCAAGCCACUGGUGAAAGGGUUUUAAGAUGCAUCUCUCCUCCAUGCUGCUGUUCCUGUGUGUGGGAGCCUUCAUGAAAUGUGCUGCUGGAAGUGAAUGGUGCUACACUGGCUGUGAUCACACUCCGUCCCACUGGGGAGACGUCUCCUCUUUUUGCCUUGACAAAAGGCAGUCUCCAAUCGACAUCGCCACUGGCUAUGUCAAGACCGACCCUAACCUGCACAACUUUACCUUCGUCAACUUCACCUCUAAGCAUGUCAUCAAGUCCAUCACCAACAAUGGACAUACAGUGAAAUGCAAACUGGAGGAAAAUGCAGUCGAAGUGAGCGGAGGUGGACUCAACGCAACAUAUUCUGCGCUCCAGUUUCACUUCCACUGGGGUGAUACGGAACAUCAUCCAGGUUCGGAGCACACGAUUAACAGGCACAGAUAUCCAAUGGAGAUGCACAUCGUCAGUCUGAAGAAAGAUCUCACUCUGCCGGAGGCCACGGGGGAUUCAGAGGGGAUUGCUGUUCUUGGGUUUUUCAUAAAUGCAACAGAAGAUGGGGACACGUCAGAACCAUGGACCACGCUCACCUCUUACCUGACAAACAUCACAGGUGUAGGCACAGAAGUAAACAUAACCCAUGCAAUCUCUAUCAACGACCUGAUUAAAGAUGUAGACCUGACAAAGUUCUACAGAUACCUGGGCUCCCUGACCACCCCCGACUGCAAUGAAGCCGUUGUGUGGACAGUUUUCCAAGAGCCUAUCAACAUCAACAAGAAUCUGAUUCAACUGUUUCCUGAGAAGACGACACUCAGCAAUGUUUAUCGGCCAACACAAAAUCUGAAUACACGUCAAGUGUAUGCCUCCCCUGCAACUCCUUUAACUCCCGGUCACUCGUGGUGCUAUGAUGAUCACUGUAGUUACAGUCCAUCUUAUUGGCACGUUCUGCCUCAAUCCCACUGCGGCGGCGAACACCAGUCACCCAUCAACAUUGACACCGAGACGGCCAUGGAGGACGAGAGUCUCGAUGACUUCACCUUUACAAAGUUUGAUGACAAACAUGCCAUCAAGUACAUCAUUAACACCGGCCACGCAGUGAAGUGUGUCCUGAAGGAGGAUACGGUGGAGGUGUCGGGGGGAGGUUUGGCACACGUGUACUCCACCCUUCAGUUCCACUUCCAUUGGGGUUCACAUGACUCGGACGGUUCAGAGCACACAGUGGAUUCCAAAAGAUACCCUAUGGAGAUGCACAUAGUGAGCAAGAGGAAGGACUUAACACUGAAACAGGCGCUACAGACUCCCGACGGCCUGGCAGUGCUGGGAUUCUUUAUUCAGGCUACGGAUUCAACCAAAAGCGACGGCGGUUCACAAGACCAGGAGACAAAUCCCCCAUCACAACCAGCAUCUGAUAUGGACGCCUGGAAGAAACUGACCAGCUAUCUUUCAGCUAUUAAAAACAUCAGCUCUCAAGUUAACGUUACAGAGGAGAUCUCAAUAGACGACUUGCUAGGCGCAGUGAGCCGAGAUGCUUUCUACCGCUACAGUGGCUCCCUAACCACUCCGUCAUGUAAUGAAGUGGUGGUUUGGACGGUCUUCAGAGAGUCUAUCAAGGUGGAUGAAAACCUGAUGAAGAUGUUCCCGGAUGAGGUGGGAUAUCACGACGUGUUUCGGCCUGCACAGCCGCUUCACAGCAGGAAGAUCUACACCAGAUCAGCAUCCAGCGCCCCCGGACCCACCAUACAGUUUCUGCUGCUGGCAUGUCUGUGUGCCUUUUUCGUAUAAUCAGCUGAUAGGAAAUGCUGUGAAGGAGAAAGUAUAUUGCACUAAUUAUCCAUGUGACAUUGUUCAGAUUAUCAUUCCAGUAUUAGUCAGCAAAAUACUUGUAUCACAUACAUUUUCGUGUGUAAUCAUGGUAUAUGAUCUGAUAAUCAAGAUGCUGGUAACUACAGACUGCUCGGAAAAGUUUCUGGCUUAUUAAACCGAUGAGUGAGACUAACAUAUUAACACUUGCAAGAUUAUUGGACACAAACACCACUUCACUGUAUUUGUAUUAUAGCUGGGUUUGUACCUGUCUACAUAAUCGUAUCCCUGUUUCCUUUGCUUUAUCAAAACAUGUAUGGUAAAAUUUAUAAAAACAAAAUCAACAUCAUCUCAGGAAUUAAGACUUUUGUCUGCUACCUUUUUUAAAACGCUAAUUACGGCUGCUGAUUGCAUUGAAGAGCGAUAAAAUACAAAUAAAAUGAAUACUGAAUUCUGUUCUUGUGAUUGUUCUCAUGCUUUAAUCAGUGCAGAAUGUGUUAUUGUAGCCCCUGCAAAUAAAGAAAAAUAGGUUCAGUACUGAUA